AUGGCUCCAAGCGCAACGAAGGACUCAUGGAAGGACUUCCCAGAGGAGAAAGCAUCUGGCUUUAUUACGUAUGCGCGUAACUCUGUCGAUCGAGUUGUCCCUCCUCCUUCACGACAAAAGGCAUAUGAUGAAAGUAUGGCUUUUGCUUCCUCGCGACCUGUUCUCUUUUCUUUCAUUGUGUCACAGCUUCUCCUCUCAUUCCUCCCUCUUCUCAUGUUCCUCACCUUUUCCCUAUCAACCAUUCUUUUCGCUCUAGGCGCCGCCAUCGUAUUUGCGCUCUUCUGGAUCGGUGUCGCGCUGUUGGUCCUCGUGCCAGCUCUGCUCGUCACCUCAUCUAUCGCAGUGCUUGUUUGGGGCUGGGCGGUUGGUAGUUUUGUUGUUGCACGAUGGUUGUACAGCCACUCCCCCGUCAGCGUGCAGAACGGGGAGGUUGUGAAGAAGGAGAACGGCAAUUAG